UAACCUCUUUCUCAUGAAGUACGUGUUAUUACAGUACACGUAAAAAAUGAAAGGUACAAAAGCGAAAGGCUAAGCUAACUGCAAUUAUUUUAUACUCCAGUCGUUGUCGCAGCCUUGACGUUAUUUUUUGAAUGAAAGUGUUAUCCCUGUGUUCUGAUUUUAAUUAUGGCCGAUUCACAAGAAUUACUACUACAGCAAAUUAAAGAACAAGGUGAACUCGUAAGAAAAUUGAAGGCUGCAAAGGAAUCGAGCGAAAAGGCCUGCGUCUCCAACAAAGGCAGUCAACGAAACCAGUAUGAUUUGAUUGAAUUCGACAACCAUUUUUCACAAUAUAGUUAUAUUGGCGGCUAUACGCCUAGCAAUUGCGAUGUGAUUCUUGCUAAAGACUUAGAGAACAUAGAUUUUCGUAAAUAUGUGUAUAUCCGGAGGUGGUGGAACCAUAUGCGGAGUUUCAGCAAAGCUGAAGUAUCACAAUUCCCGAUUGUUCAGCCUCCUGAUGUUAUGAACUCAAAACCUAAAGGUGGUACAUGUUCUAUUGAAGCACAGAUAAAAGAAGAAGUAGCAAAGCUCCUAGCCCUUAAAUCUCAGCUAGCCCCAGAAGAUGUGGCCCCACAGAAGUUCACCCUCAAAACACCGAAGGGAACUCGGGAUUACACCCCGCAGCAAAUGACAAUAAGGAACGAGGUUCUGCAGAAGAUUAUAACGGUUUUCAAGAGGCAUGGAGCUGAGUGCAUUGACACGCCUGUUUUUGAAUUGAAGGAAGUACUAACAGGCAAAUAUGGCGAAGACUCUAAGUUAAUCUACGACUUAAAAGAUCAAGGGGGUGAGAUCCUGUCCCUGCGGUACGACCUCACCGUUCCACUGGCCCGGUAUCUGGCCAUGAGCAAGAUAAACACGCUAAAGCGGUACCAUAUAGCCAAAGUCUACAGGAGAGACAACCCGGCCAUGACUAGAGGGAGAUACAGGGAAUUCUAUCAAUGUGAUUUCGACAUCGCAGGCCAGUACGACCCCAUGGUACCAGACGCGGAAUGCCUACGAGUGGUCUCCGAGAUUCUAGACGCUCUGGAUAUCGGCAAAUACGUGCUGAAGGUCAACCACCGACGCCUUCUUGACGGCAUGUUCGAGGCGUGUGGGGUGCCUGCUGAGAACUUCCGGGCUACCUGUUCUACGGUUGACAAACUUGACAAGUUGUCCUGGCAAGAAGUGCGAACGGAAAUGAUAAACGAAAAAGGUGUGACCCUGGAAGCGGCGGACAAGAUCGGCGAAUACGUCAGACUGAACGGUGGCCCCGAACUCGCCGAGAAGCUGCUCAAAGAUGAAAAAUUAUCCAAAACUAAGGCCGCUGUCGAAGGCCUAGAAGGAAUUAAACUGUUGCUGCACUAUUGCGAACUGUUCGGUAUUAAGGAUAAGAUUCUCUUUGACUUGAGUCUCGCGAGAGGACUGGACUACUACACUGGAGUUAUCUAUGAAGCUGUUUUAACUCAACCAAUCAAAGUAGGCAAUGAGGAGCAAACCGUCGGAUCUAUAGCUGGUGGCGGUAGGUACGACAACCUAGUGGGCAUGUUAGACUCCAAAAAUAAACAGGUCCCGUGCGUGGGCGUGAGUAUCGGCGUGGAGCGCGUGUUCUCGGUGCUGGAGGCGCGCGCGGCGGCGGGCGCGCUGCGCGUGCGCACCACCGACGUGCAGGUGUACGUGGCCUCUGCGCAGAAGAACUUCCUCGACGAGCGCAUGAAGAUAUGCGCGGAGCUGUGGAGCGCCGGCAUUAAGACUGAGCAAUCAUACAAGAAGAACCCAAAAAUGCUGAACCAGCUCCAACAUUGUGAAGAAUCCGGCAUCCCAUUAGCCGUGGUCUUAGGAGACGACGAACUCAAACGGGGAGUCGUCAAGAUACGCAACAUCGCGACGAGAGAGGAAAACGAGGUCCCGAGAGACAAGCUGGUGGACGAGCUCACGGUUAGGAUAGCUGCGCUCAACACGGCCGUUAAUGGGAAUAAAUAAUUUUUCACCACACCAACUGGCAAAGGCUUUCUUUGCUAUUCGAAAACAGAUAGCAAAAUUGUAUUUUAUCCACAAGGGGGCAAAAUAAUUUCAUACAAAUUUUAACUCUAUGUCUUAAUCUGGCUGCAUAAAUUUGGUGAUUGGCUAUGUAUAUAGGUCUGUAUGCCUUCCUUUUUGUCCGACGUGAAGAAAAAGGAGGGCAUGUUUCCUAUAAUAAUAACAAUAAAUCCGUUUAUUGCAGACAACAUAUGGUACGAUUAAAAUAACAGUACAAUUAAAAUAAAUAAAUCACAGUUCAAAAAAAUACAUAAUUUACCAGCAGCCUAUGAUCAUAUUUAUAUGAUAGUGAACUAUCGGCCUGUCUCAUCAGAAUUCGUAGAACUCCAUCGUCCGAUUUCUUCCGUCAUUCUUCGGUUUCGGAUUGGAUUCGGAUCUGUUGAGAAUCAGUUUCAAAAUUAGUUAGCAUAAUCCAUACAGUGUGGUCAAUGUCUCAACAUUCGUCCUUAUACCAGAAACCGCGAUUAAGUUCCAAAUAUGUCAAGCUAAUGCUUACGAGGUCACCAAAAAGAAAAUUUAAUUAUUUGUCUGUGAUAUCUUGAAACGUUAAAACAUUGUAAAACUUCGUAUUGCAUUGCAUAGGUGCAUUAGGGUGCAUUAGGGUAAUUUCUAAAGUCGCAUAAAAAUCACCAAUAUUUCCAUCAUAUCAAGAUUCCCCUUUCGAAAUUACCCGAACAUUUCUGUCAUUCGAAAUUACCCUAAUGCACUUAUUCAAAUCGCUUGUAAUGCUCAUUUUGAGUAAUGCAUAUGAUAACACAGCGUGAAAUUUUCUUGAGAACUGGAUGCGUAGCCGAAUGGCACAAACGCUCAUGAAACGAAACGCUAGUAGAUAUCUAUCUCUAUCGCUCUUGCGUAUUGGCUCGACAGAGGCAUACAUUUCGCGGCGUUUCGUUUUCGUUUCGCGUCGCAGAAAUGCCAUUCCGCUAGGGCAUCUGUACUUGUAGUACCUAUGUUUUAACAAUUUAUUAUGUUCUUAAAUGUUUUUAGUUUUCAUUCUUUAUUAUUCACACGUUCGCAGAAACCAACGUCUAUAGACGUCUUUAUUUUCUAUUGCCGUUUUUGAUAUGAAAAGUAUGAAAAUACGUGUGGCCUGUUUUACCACAAUUGUCGUCCGACAGUAUAUAU